AUGGCAUUGCAUUCUCGAAUAAAGUGUCACAUUGCUCCUUGGGUUGCCUUCUUCAUUCUGCAGAGGAGAACUAUCCAAGAACUUGUGAAGCAAUUGGCGGACACCAGGAAGACCUACGGGAGAACACAGGCCAAUCAUCGCGUCCGCGACUUCUAUCAACGCCGCGCCACCACUAUCUACCGCAUCUUACAGACAUUCGUGGUGGCACUGGUUUGUUUGUGGGUCAGCGCCCCGCUGCUGCACCACAAAACGACUGAUGACUUUCCUGACUCAGAGGAGGGCGACCGCCGGCCGCCGAUGCCCAUCUGGCUACCCGAGCAGUCGCCGGCCUUCGAGAUAGUCUUCGUGGUGCAGGCGCUGUGCGGCACCAUGUCGCAGCAGCUCUCCCUGCUGCUGGACACCUCCUUCUACAAGCUGACGCUGCUGGUGACGGCCGAGUUGCAGGUUCUCAACGACAACCUUGCAGUGCUCGGGAGAACGGGCGCGUCUACCGAGAGAAAGGCGAGCUUUCCUACUGACGUGCCUGGACAGAAAAGAGAAGAAGCAGCUAUUCAAUCAAUUAAACAAACUGCUGCUCCACUCACUGAGCAUAACGAUAGUCCAGGAAAGCUGCUAUACAUGCAAUUCGUCGUAAACGUACGUCAUCAUCAGGCCAUUAUAAAGUAA